AUGUUGUAUGUUGGAGUCCCUGAUAAAGAUACAAUUGGACGGAGCGAAUAUUCACAAGGGCCUAUCCCAACGUUGUGGAAUGAUCCACCGGAGCUGCCAUCAGGUGGAGGACCUUUAGAAACCACUCCCCCUGCCCGCUUCUCAGAUUCUACAGGAUUCCCACCAUAUACAUCUGAUUAUGAACUAGAGGACACAACCCAUCUCCACCAGCUGGAUAAUGGAAAUGUUACUGCUGUAUUGUUUUCUCUAUAUGCCAUACCUAAGUACUCUUCUGUUCUCCUUCGUCUCUCCUCAACUGCAGGGUCUCUGGGCCCUGGGGCUAUCGGUGCCAUAGUGAUUGCUGCUCUGCUGGGUGCAUCUGUGAUCGUGGCCUUGAUUGUCAUCACUCUACGGAAAUGUUCUGCUUCCUAAAAUCAAUAAAAAGUGGUUCCCUCCCUGAGUAUUCUCUUGUCCAAUCUCCCUCUUUCCUCUGUGCUUGCAGACUUUGUGGGCAGAAUAGGAAGAACAAAGGUACACCUGCAUUUCAGGGGGCAAUCUGCCCUUAAGCCACCUUGGGCCAUGGCCACUGGGCCUCCUUCUUUUCCUUCAGGCAAAAGGGCUUUGAAAACACGAGUUUAAUGAUUGCACAGUUGGGUGUUGGGAAGAGGAACAUCUAGACUAAGAAGCUGCUACAAGCAUCAAGUUCCUGACCAGAAGAGGUUUGCACCACCAAAUAUGAUGAAGCACGUGCAUUACUGAAAGGCCACGUUAGGUUCAUGCAUGCCCUCAAAGGCACACAUCCAAACUGACUAUGAAGGCUUGACUGCUAUAGCAAAAAUUAAACAAUAACCAGCGGCUUAGCUUUUGAUUCCUGAAAUAUUAAUGCUG